CUUCUCGCAGAGAGUGCGGGUGCGAAGAAACAAAAACAUUGUGGUCGGAUGGUUACUAUCGAUUUUAUAUCGGAGGAUUAAUUUUAUGAAUAGUUUGUUCAACACCGGUUUUUGAAAUGUCUCUUAUUCCUGCAAGUGGAACCGGAAAGUUUUGGGCUCAUUCCGCCAAAAUUAUCCGUUUCGCACGACAUGGUUGUACCAACAGACCCUUCUAUCACAUUGUCGUUAUGGAGCGACGGAAAGGCCAACAUCAACCUGUGAUAGAACAGAUUGGAACCUACGAUCCCAUCCCAAACGAGUACAACGAAAAGCUGGUUUCCUUCAACUUUGAGCGCGUGCGCCACUGGCUAGGCAGCGGAGCUCACCUUUCGACACCGGUCGCGGAAUUGUUAGGUAUAGCCGGUCUGCUUCCGGUUCAUCCACGGACUUACAUGAGCGCAUGGAGAAGCCGACAAACUGCUGAGAAACUGGCCGAACUUGAAGCGGUAAGCCAAAAAGCUGGAGGAUCCGCCCAAACCGCCGAGACAAGCAGUUGAAGAGUUUUGUCAUAUAGGUAAUAGCGCUGUUCUCGUGAAAUUCUGUAGUUGAAUAAACGAUUUUUUUUUUCUUUAAA